GUAAGCUUUUGCCAUCACCAAACUCAAGUUGUGACGUCUUUGCUGCUGCGUAAUAAUUAUUUAUUUUUGUUGCUUUUAUACUUAUUUUAUUGAGAUGUCUGGAACAACGGGAACCACGAGAAAAGCCAGGAAAACGAAAUCUUCCAAGGCCGGACUCUUACUAUCCGUUGAACGAAUUCGACAACAAAUGGUGAAAGGAAAUUAUGCCACUCACGUACAGACAAAAUCUGCAAUUUUUAUGGCCGCAGUUUUGGAGUACCUUUGUGCGGAAGUCUUUGACAUAGCACAUACUGAAGCCGUCAAAGCUAAGAAACAGCGAAUUAAUCCACGUCAUCUUAUGUUCGCAGUUCGGAAAGAUGCGGAACUGAAUGAGUUACUGAAAAGCGUUACAAUAUCGGAGGGUGGCGUGUUGCCUACAGUAUCGGUAUCUAAGGUCGCUAAAACUGUGCAUAGUGAGGAAUUUUGAGAAAUUGUUCGAAAUCAACCGUUUUAACCGUAUUCGAUUAUUGAAAUUAAAUAUCUUGUGUUCGGCACGA